CCCUCAGUGGAGGGAAAGAGAGACGGAGAGAGAGACACGGGAGAAGGGAGAGAGCGAGGACAGGCACCGAUAAAAAUAAGAGUGGGGGAAAGGAAAGAGAGAGAGAGGACAAAGUUUUUGUAAUAAAAAAAAAUAUAUAUAUAUAUAUAUUUUUUUUAUCCCUUUUUCCUCCCCAAUUUUGUGGAAUCCAAUUGGUAGUUACAGUCUUGUCUCAUCGCUGCAUCUCCCGUACGGACUCAGGAGAGGUGAAGGUCAAGAGCCGUGCGUCCUCUGAAACGAGGAAGGACAAAGUUGAGUUGAGAGGCAGUCAGAGAUAGACUGAGGAAGAGAGAUAGAGAGAGAGAGAGAGAGAGAGAGCAGGGAAUCAAGUAAGCAAGUAAGAGAUAUACUGCAAGCGUCUCAGCUCUUCCCUGACGUGUCAUGGAUUUGCGGUGCUGGAUAGCCCUCCUGUUUGGACUAGUUGGGAAUCAGGAGUAGCAGCAGCAACAGCUUCCACCCGAAGGAAGGAAAGAUGCCUUCUGUGUCUCUCAGCCUGCCCGUUGCCCUAGCCGGGCGAGCCCGCACCUGGGUCUGCCUCUCCUGCAUGUUCUGGCCUGAGGAGUUUGAGGGGAUCCAUUCACACACCUUUCGGGUGAAGACGUUCAAGAAGAGCAAGCACUGUGGCGUGUGCAAACAGACCGUCAGCCAGGAGGGGCUAAUUUGCAAAGUGUGCCGGCUGACUUGCCACAAGACAUGUGAAGUGAAGGUACCUGGUAACGACAUCCCCCUGAAGCAUGUAGAGACCUUGGGCUCCACAAAGUCCUCCAAGAGUAUGGAGUUUCCACGCAGACCAUCAAGGAGUGUGAGUCUGCUGCAGGCCCUGGAAGAGAACUAUGAGUUGGACCUGGUCUACAUCACUGAGAGGAUCAUCUCAGUCUCCUUCUCCAGCUCUGUGGAGGAGAGCAGCUACUCUGCAAACCUCCAUGAGGUGGCUUCCAUGCUGCGCUCCAAACACCAAGACAACUACCUGCUCUUCAACCUCAGCGAGAAACGCUCUGACAUCAACCAGCUCAACCCAAAGGUGUUGGACUUUGGCUGGCCGGACCACCACGCUCCUGCCCUGGAUAAGAUCUGCACUAUCUGUAAGGCCAUGGACACUUGGCUGAGUGCAGACAGUCACAAUGUAGUAGUCAUACACAACAAGGGGAACCGAGGGCGAACAGGAGUGGUGGUGGCAGCAUACAUGCAUUACAGCAACAUAUCAGCCAGUGCCGACCAGGCCCUGGACAGGUUUGCCAUGAAGAGGUUCUAUGAAGACAAAGUGCUUCCUGUGGGUCAGCCGUCUCAGAAGAGGUAUGUACAGUAUUUUAGCGGCCUUCUUUCUGGGCAUAUCAAGAUCAACAACAAACCCCUGUUCCUUCACCAUGUCAUCAUGCACGGCAUCCCCAACUUUGAGUCCAAAGGAGGUUGUCGCCCUUUCCUCAAGAUCUAUCAGGCCAUGCAGCCAGUCUACACAUCUGGGAUCUAUAGUGUCCAGGGAGACAGCCAGACCAGUGUCUGCAUCACCAUUGAGCCAGGCCUGCUGCUGAAGGGGGACAUUCUGCUGAAGUGUUACCACAAGCACUUCCGAAGCCCACAGCGGGAUGUGAUCUUCCGGGUGCAGUUCCAUACAUGCGCUGUGCAUGACUUGGGAAUCGUCUUUGGCAAGGAUGAGCUCGAUGAGACCUUCAAGGAUGACAGAUUCCCAGAUUUUGGAAAGGUGGAGUUUGUCUUUUCCUUUGGCCCAGAAAAAAUCAAUGGGAUGGACCACUUGGAGAAUGGGCCCACUGUCUCAGUGGACUACAAUACCCAAGAUGCUCUAAUCCGCUGGGACUCCUAUGAGAACUUCAAUCAGCAUUGUGAGGACAAUAUGGAUGACGUCAUACACACCCAGGGCCCUCUGGACGGCAGCCCCUAUGCUAAGGUCCGCAAGAAGGAGUCCAUCGAGGACGCGGUCACUGCCAACGACCUCUUGCCCACCGCCACCGAACACGUCCUACCCACAGUUGACCACGCCUUGUCGGUGAGCAGCGACUCCGGCAACUCCACGGCCUCCAUCAAGACCGACCGCACUGAUGAGCCUGCCCCAGCAGCAGCAGCCCCAGCAGUGAGCCAGCCGCCAGCGGCCCAGGAAGAGGCCCCAGUCUCGGGCACGGUCCUGGCCGUCCAGCCCAUCAGUCCCCAGGAGAAGCAGGAGUUGGAGCAGCUGCUUAGUGGCCUGGAGGGCCCCAUGCAUUGCCAGGGCUACCUGUCCUCCCCAUCGGGCGGAGGUAUGGGGAUAGGACUAGGGGGAGGGGGAAUACUACACCUGGUGCCCGCCCAAGUUCAUGUGAAUGGCCACAACAGCAGCAUGGACAGAGAAACAGAUAUUCUGGAUGAUGAGGUGGAACUGCCCACCAGCCAGGAAGGUAACAGCAUGGAUAGCUUGGGCACUCUGUCAUCCCUGGAAGGGAGAGCCACGCCAGCAGACCUCUACUACCAGGCUGAGACAGUUAUCAACGGACAGGACAAGGUCCCCUAUCUAGAGAGGAGCAUCCCAGACGGUUCCCCGGAAAAGGGGGCAAUAGGCUCACAUGAUGUGGAUGCCCAGGUUCCCGUCACCUUAGUGCGUAGCCUCUGCUCAGCUCAGGAUGGGACAGGCGAGUCCAUCCCCCCGGCGAGCGAUUACAUUAUCAGCCAGAAUGGAAACCUGUAUCGCUCGCAGUCGUUCGGUGCAGAGCAGAAUCCCCUCCCCCGAGCGCCAGCACGUAACACCAGCAGUCGUAACGCCGUCCAACGUGGGCUCAACGUGUGGCAGCAAUAUGGCGUCCCAGAAGAGCCGGUGAUGGACGGGGUGUAUUUUGGCUCUCCUCCACCCUCCAUGCCUCUACAGAGCCACCACAGCAUGCCCCACUUCCCCCACCAGGAGACUGCCUCACAGCAGGAGAUUGAGCAGUCCAUUGAGGCCCUCAACCUCCUGAUGCUGGACCUGGACCCCGGCCGCCCGUUGGGGCAGGUUCCGAAGUCCCAGAGUGCCCCGGGGGAGAACAAGGAAGUGGUGACCACACAACCAUCAUUUUCCCAGUCCCAGGCCAGGCCCUCCUACCAGGCUGACUCAGCUAUCUCGGGAAGCCCUGUGCCCAGCCUAGCUCAGGUCAUGCUGAGGUCCUCCCCUUUCCAGCCAUCUACGUCUCCAGAGCCCUCUGCCAUCCAGAGACCAACAGCCAUCUACCAGCCUGGUCCCUCUGUAGCCCCCAUCCCUGGCUUCCCCACUGAACCUUCCAGCCAAGGGGCAGCCAGAACCAGCUCUCCCACCCAGGUCCCCAGUAGCGUGGGACAACUGCAGCUGAAACCCAUCAACAUGUACCCCCCUAGCACCAUGUUCCCGUCCCUGUCCCCGGAGCUCCAGGAGUCCCAACAGAGCCCUAGUGCCAAGUCCUCAUCACCCAAUCCCAGAGAUGCAGAGCCUGAUGAAGUGUUCAACGUGGAGGGCCUAGUUGCCCAGCGUGUGUCAGGUGUCCAGUCUUGUGGGACGUCAUUGGACGAGGCGUCGGCCCCGCCCCAUCACCGCAUCACCAGUGAGGGACAAUGCAUCAACGGCCACGACGAAAGCUCUUCCUACCAACCCCCGGUCCGCUCCCCUAUUCGUUGCGUCUCACCGGAGUUCGUCAACACCAUAGCGCUGAAUCCCGGGGGGCGGCCCAAGGAGAGACACAUCCACAGCUACAGAGAGGCCUUUGAGGAGUUGGAUGGAGGCCAAGUCAGCCCCACGCCCACUGUUGGUGGUGAGGUGUUCCCCCAUACCCCUGCCUUCCCAGUCUCGCCGCAAACCCCUUACUUCAACCUGUGCCAAGCUCGUUCCCCUCCAGGUCUGAUGAAGACCCCUCUCUCUGCCUUGGGCCUCAAACCCCACAACCCAGCUGAGAUACAGCUCAACCAGAGUGGAUCAGAGCCGUUGAGCUACGUGGAGUCAGUGGCCAGAUCCGCUGUGGCCGGCAGGGGACCAGCAGGACCCCCCGUGACCCUCACCCCCCCAGGAUGGACCUUGACUAGGCAGACGACCCCUGACCCCUCCCCAACCCUCAACCCCCUAUUGUCUAGCUGCAGCCCCAUCCACAGAUCAGAGGGAGAACACCCGUUGGCUGACAGCAGUGCGAUCAUCCCCUCGCAAGCGGCCAUUGACUCCAGCUUACGCUCCUUUCCUUCCGAGGGCACGUAUCCCAUCCCCUCCCCCAAACCUACUCCCAUUGCCACUCCCACCCCAUACCUCCAGGCCCUGGGCUCCCCAUCUUCCUUCCUUCAAGCCCUGGGAACCCCCACCUCCUCCUACCUGACCUCCAACUACCCCACCCUGUCUUACCUGUGUUCCCCCACCACCACACCCUCCUACCUGGGUCCCAGUGGCCUUAUGGGGAGCUAUGUCUCCCCGGAACCCAGCCCCCCCCCGCUCCAGCCAGAGGUAUCUGCCCAGGAAAGCCUUGUGGUCAUCCUCCCCUCGUCAGGAUCAGGAAGUCUCCACACACUGCAUCGUGACCUCAACACCUCAUCUAGCAUACCCUCCCUCCAACAUCGGCAACAGCCCACCAAUCAGUGCAGCCCUGUCAUGGGCCACCAGCCCUCUCCGGCCAAUGGCUUUGUGGAGUUUGGGAUCCCUGGGAUGGUAAUGACAGGAAGUCCCAUGUUGGGCCGCCACCACUAUAACCCAUGUGUGUCCCAGGGGACACAGUCUAGCCCAGUGCUGAGCCAACAACCGUCCCUGAUGCAGGCCUCCCAGGACAGCCCCAUGCUCAGUUGCCAGCCCUCCCUCACCUACAGCCAACCCAUCCAGUCCAGUAUCCACAGCAGUCCGGUGCUGGGCCAACAUCCCUCCCUCACCUACAGCCAACCCAUCCAGUCCAGUAUCCACAGCAGUCCGGUGCUGGGCCAACAUCCCUCCCUCACCUACAGCCAACCCAUCCAGUCCAGUAUCCAGAAUAGUCCGGUGCUGGGCCAACAUCCCUCCCUCACCUACAGCCAACCCAUCCAGUCCAGUAUCCAGAGCAGUCCGGUGCUGGGCCAACAUCCCUCCCUCACCUACAGCCAACCCAUCCAGUCCAGUAUCCACAGCAGUCCGGUGCUGGGCCAACAUCCCUCCCUCACCUACAGCCAACCCAUCCAGUCCAGUAUCCACAGCAGUCCGGUGCUGGGCCAACAUCCCUCCCUCACCUACAGCCAACCCAUCCAGUCCAGUAUCCAGAGCAGUCCGGUGCUGGGCCAACAUCCCUCCCUCACCUACAGCCAACCCAUCCAGUCCAGUAUCCAGAGCAGUCCGGUGCUGGGCCAACAUCCCUCACUCACCUACAGCCAACCCAUCCAGUCCGGUAUCCACAGCAGUCCGGUGCUGGGCCAACAUCCCUCCCUCACCUACAGCCAACCCAUCCAGUCCAGUAUCCACAGCAGUCCGGUGCUGAGCCGACAUCCAUCCCUCAUCCACCAGCAGGGCAAUGGUAGUAGUCCGGUGCUGGGCCGACACCCGUCCCUCGGCCAGAUGUCACAAUGCAGUCCAAGUCUGGACCGACACCCAAUGCUGCAUAGUAGCGGCUACACCACCCCGGACGAAAGGCAGGGCACCCUGUCUCGUCAGAGCAGCUCCUCUGGGUACAAUCCACCCUCCACACCCUCCUUCCCCGUCUCCCACGCGGGCUAUCUGGACGGGGGGAUGAUGAUGGGGGUAAGGCAGGGCAGUCCGGCCCCACAGGCUCAGCCCCACCUUCCAGAGAAGAGGCGAAUGUCCAGCGGGGAGAGGCCCAACGGGGGGCUCUCGUACGGGACACUGAAUGGGAAAGUGUCCUCCCCCAUGUCGAGUGGAGGCAGCACGCCCAGCACUAGCUACUUUCAUACACUACCGGACUUCUCCAAGUUUAACAUGACUGACGGGAGUCCAGAGACCAGGCUGAAUGUAAAGUUUGUUCAGGAUACGUCCAAGUUCUGGUACAAGCCUGACAUCUCCCGUGAACAAGCCAUCGGCCUGCUGAGAGAGAAGGAGCCAGGGGCCUUUGUCAUCCGGGACAGUCACUCCUUCCGAGGGGCCUAUGGCCUGGCCAUGAAGGUGGCCUCUCCUCCUCCUACUGCUCAGCAGUCCAAGAAAGCUGGUGACAUCACUAACGAGUUGGUGAGGCACUUCCUGAUUGAGACGAGUCCUAAGGGAGUGAAACUGAAAGGAUGUCCCAACGAGCCUUACUUUGGUUGUCUGUCUGCUCUUGUUUACCAGCACGCCAUGACUCCCCAGGCCCUGCCCUGUAAACUGGUCAUCCCUACCAGAGAUCUCCACCAGGAUGUCCCAGAUGUUGCCACGCCAACCAACCAGGCUGACUACCUCCUGAAACAUGGAGCAGGGCAGAGGGUCCGUGCUGACUCCCAUGCAUGCAAUGUGCUGUACAUCAACUCGGUGGACAUGGAGUCUCUGACAGGACCUCAGGCCAUCGCCAAGGCGAUCUCGGAGACGAUGGCCGCCGCGUCCCCGCCCACCGCCACCGUUGUGCACUUCAAGGUGUCGCCGCAAGGCAUCACCCUGACGGAUAACCAGAGGAAGCGUUUCUUCCGGCGCCACUACCCUAUCAACACUGUCACAUUUUGUGAUGUCGACCCUCAGGAGAGAAAGUGGAAUAAACCUGAUGGGGGCACGGCCAAGUUUUUUGGGUUUGUGGCUCGGAAGCAAGGAAGUACAACUGACAACGUCAGUCACCUCUUUGCCGAGAUGGACCCCGAUCAGCCCGCCAGCGCCAUCGUCAACUUUGUCUCCAAGGUGAUGAGCGGCUCGCAGAAACGAUGAGCUGACCUUUUGGCGACCCCUGGCUUUAAGUUUUUUUGGGGUUGUUGUUCUUUUUAACUACGGAGGAAAUAUAUUUCCUUUUUUUCUUUUGUGUAGUAUACGUUUAAUCUUAGGUUUCACCUCUUUCCUUCUGAUCUCGUCUUUUACCUGUGUGUGUGUGUCUCUGUGUGUGUGUGUGUGUGUCUGUGUGUCUGUGUGUCUGUGUCUGUGUCUGUGUCUGUGUGCGUGUUUGUUUGUUCUUGGAAGGACUCCUUCGUGGCGCUAACUAGGGGGAUAGAGGAAGUGCAGUUUGUGGGGUGUGGCUGUGUAAGAUGUUGGUUGUUGGCUAUGGGAGACCAUUGUGAUCUCUCUAGCAGGGUAGCACAACAACAGGAAGAGGAAAUCAUGUCAGUGAUGAUGUCAGUGAGUGUGACGCAUAAAAAAAGAGAAGAAGAAGUAAAGUUGUGUGAUGUAAAGAAGGGUGUUAAGCUGUCGGGUUUGGGCUGGUCAACCAAAGAGUUUUAAAAUGCAGCAACGUCACUGUCGGAAGGUAUGUUUGAGACCAUAUUUGGUUAAAAAAAAACAUUAAAAAAAUGCCUACUUUAUCAAAACAUUUACAUUUUAUCUUCUUUCUAUAUACAAGUAAAUACUGUAUUUAUUUUAUUCCUAAAAAGUUUGCGUCUUUGCUUUCUUCGCAAACCGUAUUCAAGGACAUUUUUGCAUGCUGGCGAGUUGAAUCAAUGUAAAUAUCACAGAGUGCUCUCAUGGUAGGGCGUGGAUGACUUGGGGCAUAAAAAUGUUGUUGUUGGAUUUUUUAAAGAGCUUUCUGUAGAGAAAUAAAAUAAAGACAAAAGUACAGUUGUUCUCUUCAGAACAACAGAACACAUCUGACUUCAGAACAUCUGUAUUGGUCUCCUCCGACUUCCACUGUUCUCGUCAGAACAACAGAACCCAUCUGACUUCCACUGUUCUCUUCAGAACAACAGAACCCAUCUGACUUCCACUGUUCUCUUCAGAACAACAGAACACAUCUGACUUCCACUGUUCUCUUCAGAACAACAGAACCCAUCUGACUUCCACUGUUCUCGUCAGAACAACAGAACCCAUCUGACUUCCACUGUUCUCUUCAGAAUAACAGAACCCAUCUGACUUCCACUGUUCUCUUCAGAACAACAGAACCCAUCUGACUUCCACUGUUCUCUUCAGAACAACAGAACACAUCUGACUUCAGAACAUCUGUAUUGGUCUCCUCCGACUUCCACUGUUCUCUUCAGAACAACAGAACACAUCUGACUUCCACUGUUCUCUUCAGAACAACAGAACACAUCUGACUUCCACUGUUCUCUUCAGAACAACAGAACACAUCUGACUUCCACUGUUCUCUUUAGAACAACAGAACACAUCUGACUUCCCCUGUUCUCUUCAGAACAACAGAACAGAUCCGACUUCCACUGUUCUCUUCAGAACAACAGAACACAUCUGACUUCCACUGUUCUCUUCAGAACAACAGAACACAUCUGACUUCCACUGUUCUCUUCAGAACAACAGAACACAUCUGACUUCCACUGUUCUCUUCAGAACAACAGAACACAUCUGACUUCCACUGUUCUCUUCAGAUCAACAGAACACAUCUGAUUCCACUGUUCUCUUCAGAACAACAGAACACAUCUGAUUCCACUGUUCUCUUCAGAACAACAUAACAUCUGUAUUGAUCUCCUCCGACUUCCAUCUUUUCCCCUCUUCUUCUGAAUGGUUGAAGGAUGGAGGAUAGAUAGAAGCUUGUCCAGUUUGGUCCAACUAUUCACCUACACAGUGGUAUUAGAACCCUUUAAUGACGCUGGGAGCUGGCGUCUGCUGUUACCCUUCUAGACCAGCCUGCAAUGCACCCCUCUAUGUAUACAUUUGGUUUUGGCUGAUUGGUUCCCCAUUGUGUGUCUACCAUUGACUAUCAUAAGUGCCACUCCUCUCCGCUGUGCAUGUAUAAGCAUCAUGAAAGGUCAGAGUUCACUGCUGAUUUUUGAAGAGCGGACAGGCAACGAGAGUCCAGGUUGCUAUGGCUACAGCAUCAAGCUCUCUCUCUUCUCCUUUGGAACAUUAAAAUGAUUCUACCCCUGCAACCGUAAAGAUUAGUAGAGAUUGGGAGAGGCCACUAUCUUUACAGAUCAGCCUGUCAAACGUGUAACACCCACAUCCUACCCACAAGUAAGAUAUAUAAAUAUAUACAGAUACAUAUAUAGAUAUAUAUAUAUAUAUAUUAAACAUGUUUCUUUUUUUGCUCUGUCACUCUUUUAACUCAUAUAAUAAUACAUUGACAUAUAUAGUCUAUACAUAAAGAUUACUGAGUGUCGUAAAAAAAAUGAUUUUAUACUUUGGCAAAGAUUUAUAAAUCAUGAGACUGAACUACAUCAAAAUAGAUGGUGUAAGGUAUAUGUAUUUUAAAGCUUUGCUUUAAAAAAAAUUCACUGCAUUACUUUGUUUAUGUUAUGAGUCUCUGUAUAAAGCAUCCUUUGGUAGGGGGGAGAAAGAGCGUCUAGCAAAGUUCUUUGUUGCAAAUUUGUGCCAACAUUUACAUUUUUUUGUCAAAAUAAACCUGCCUAAAAUGGAAUGGCCAGAGUUAAGCACUUAAACGUGAGAUAUCAAUGCACCUAUGUGUAGCUGUGUGUUCACUGCAUGUUUGGAGGCCAGAUAUUCUUUCCGUGACAACUUCCUCUAUCUAACAUCGCAGGUUUAGGGAAGCGCCACCGUAUUAAACUCUUAAGCAAUUAUUCAUUUUGUUAUGUAGGGCCUACUGCCCUCAUGUGGUGAACCAAAGUUUGACUAUCCAUUGUGUUUUUACUACAGUGUUUUAACUGUGAUUUCAGCAAUGACCUUCAAUGGACUAGCGAAACUCAAAUGGCUGAGUUUAAAUGAUUAUUUUCAGAAUAUGGAAGACAAGUAUUAUCUCACUUUUUUGUCCUUUAUGAUUUUGUGAAUGUCCUCAUUCAAUUGGAUUCUGUUUGGAGCAGAUUAGUCAUACCUCAAUGGUCAAAUCUACUCCAGUGAAAAAAGAACUAGCGUUUACACAUGGCAUUCUGUCAUGUCAAAAUACACACUAAAUAUUUGCUUGUCCACUUCUGUUAUCGCUUAAUGUUUUGUAUCAACUGGGUCUUUUGUUUUUAAGCUCCACUGGGUCUUCUUGGCAUCUGUACUCGUUCCAUUCUGUUCCAACCGUUCAUUCCUCUUCAAUGAGAAUCCCUUCAUUUUAAAUGAAUUGUAUUUAUUAUUUUGAUGAGUCUCCACUACUGUAAAACUUGACGAAAGCAUGGUUGAUUCUGCAUUUUUCUAUGAGAAACGUGUGAGAAAUGCUUGUCGGUUCAAUCCCCCUCUACCACAAAACGAAUGUCAGUCUCACGUUAUUUGGCGUGUAAGAAGUCUCUUCUGAUGUACAUGUGGCCACUUUGAGGAAAUAGCCUUAGAAUGUGUGCAUGAAUGUGCUACGAUGCCUGUACAGAACUGUAUGUAUUUUCAUUUGCUUUAUUGUAUGGCUUUUGUUUCUGAGAAGAAAAAAAAACAUAUUAAAAGUAAUUUGUGUUU